AUGCACGCCGCCGUACGAAACGCCGCGUACAAGAUGGACGAAGCCUUCGCGUUCGACUCCGACCCGACCGGGCAGGUCGGCGCGAGCGCGACGCAGCAGUCGCGCUCGCCCGAGCGAAAGACAACGACGGCGGCGACGAGCGUCGACGGGAGGGCGCCCGCCGCCGCCGCGAAGAAGCCGCGCGCGGGGAUGAGCUCCACCGCGAUCAACGCCCUGCGAGCCGCCGUCGACGCGUUCGUCGCGCGCGUGACGUCCCCGGCGACGGGGAGGAAAGCGCCCUGGCCGCUCGCCGACCUCGUUCCCCUGGCGGUUCGAGACGACGCGCAGGAGUACCUCAAAAAGACUAAAGCGCACGAGCUCCGCGCGCUCUACGCGCGCGUCGAGACGUCGUUCGAGACGCUCGUGCGGUUCCCGCUCACGAAAGAGGCGUACGGCAAGCUCGACAGGUUCGUCCGCGCGUUCCCCGGGUGCGACGCGCGACGGCGCGAGGUCGGGCCGGAGGAGAGGCGGAGGGAGGGGUUCGAGUUCGCGCGAGGCGAGGUGCACUUCGUCGACGUCGUCGUCACCGCGGAGGGCGUCGCCGCGGCGAGGGACGUCCUCGCGUCGGGCGCGAAGGAGCGGAUCACGGGCCUCGUCGACACCCCCACGGCGUGA